AUGGUUAAUAAGCACAGUCGCACAAAUCUUUGCGAAGAUUGCAGAGGAGUAUGGCCAUUAGGAUUGUCCGGAAACACUGUAACAUUUUCUACGAGGAAAGGUCAAUGGAAAAAACAAUAUUUUCAUUUAGAAGAUGUAAACAUUGGUCAGUCUGUCUUUAGACAUCGUGUAGUACAUUCUAUAUCGUCAACUAAACAUCGCCGUAUUUGUAGUAAAAAUGCAAAAAGAACAGAAAUGAAAAUGUGCGAGAUAGAUUGUGUUAAAAAUGCACAAAGACGAAAAUCUUAUAGGCAAAUUGCUGAAUGUAACACAGUCAUUUUCUCUGAUGAAAGCAAAUUUAAUGUAUUUGGGUCCGAUGAUCAACGUUAUGUGUGGAAGAAACUGAAUAAGGAAAUGGAUAUUCAUAAUUUACAACCAACAGUAAAACAUGGUGGUGGUUCGGUGAUGGUUUGGGGGUUCAUGGCAGCAAAUAGUGCCAGAAAUCUUAUUUUUAUAGAUGAUAUAGCAAUAAUAACUGAAACGUGGCUUACACCUUCGGAUAAAAUCAGACUCAGAAAUUACAACAUUUACAGAAAGGACGGAAUUCCUACAAACCAAAACAAACCAAGAGAAGGCGUAUUAAUAGCAACCCAAAAAAACAUCCCUGUUGAAGAUACUCCUCAACAAACUACAUCGAGCAUAGAUACCAUCCAAUUAAAACUGAAAAUCACACCCCCACUAACGAUAGGAACCGCAUACGCCCCUCCUAAAACCAGAAUAACCACAACAGAUCUAGACCACAUCAUCCCACCGCAUCAAGCAGGCCAUUUCAUCAUUGGUGACACUAAAAUUCAUAAAAUAAUAACUAACGCUAAAAACAAAGCAUGGCAGGAUAAAUUGGCCAAUAUCAAAUGUACCGACAACACGCUAUGGACCACCUACACUGGUGGCUCCAAAGCUAAAAUAUCUGUUCUCCAAGACACCGCUCUCAACCAGCAGCUAUAUACAGACGAAGAGAAAGUAGAAGGUUUAGCCCAAAAUUUCCAUGACAUACACAUGGCUGCCUACACUCAAUACUCUCCACUAGAAAAACUCGUCAACCCUUACUUUCCCUCUUCCUGGAAAGUCGCGAAGAUCAUACCCGUACCUAAACCCGGCAAACCUGGAUCUGAUAUAUCUAGUUAUAGGCCCAUCAGCCUACUAGAUAUUUUUGGAAAAAUUUUAGAAAAAAUUAUACAGCACCAAAUACAAAAACAUAUUCAGAAGUUAAGCAUAAUCAUCCCACAGCAAUUCGAUUUCCGAUCAGAACACUCUGCCAUACAUCAGCUACAGCGAGUCACAGAACAUAUUAUCAUGGAAAAGAACAAAAACCACACCACACAACUAAUACUCUUAGACCUAAACAAAGCCUUCGAUUCUGUCUGGCACAAAGCCUUAUUGUCAAAAUUACAGGAUAUUAAACUUCCCCCAAAUUUGAUAAACAUGAUCCGAAGCUGCUUAAGAAAUCGUAAAUUCUAUGUUACAAUAAACGGAAACAAAUCCACCCACAAACAAAUAGCUGCAGGUGUGCCACAAAGAUCAAUCCUAGGACCGCUACUCACAAUAUACAUAAACGAUAUCCCACACACAGACAAAACCCACUUAGCCAUCUUUGCAGACGAUAUUGCAAUAUAUGCAUCAUCCUGGAGCUCUACACAAGCCACUAAAUACAUACAGAACCACAUAGACAAACUCCAGGAAUACUUCACGAAUUGGAAACUGAAAAUAAACUCCAUCAAAACACAAGCGAUCGCCUUUUCAAACAAAAGAAACAAAACACUUGAUACCAUCAAAAUCACUGGCCAUAACAUCUCAUGGACACACGCCGCCAAGUACCUCGGAAUCAUCCUCGAUCAGAAUCAUGUGGGCACUUUCUCUAGCAAAAAGAGCUAA